UGUAAAUUUAUCAGCGUUCCAAAUGCACCUACUCAAAGUUUGAGCGAAGAAGAGUGCGCGUAAUGUUAAGACGGACUGCGGUUAGCUCUAAACAACUGCUCAAAGUUUGCCCUAAUUUGCUCUAUAAAUUUAUUUAAAAGAUUUUUUAGUGCGGCUUAAUCUUGCUCUGUUAAUAAGUGCAAAAAAUGAAAGUUAUCAUUAGCGACAGUUUACUGAAAGUACAAACUUUCUUGAAAUAUAUUUUCAGUAGUUUUAAAGUAUGAUUUUAAUGGUUUAUUAUCAUAUCAAAGACUUGGAACAAUAUGUCGUAUAUUACAGCAUGUACGCCUGACCAAAAUUUUUAAACUUUUGUAUAUAAAUAUUUUACUAAUUUAGAGUAGAAAAGUAACCUAUUACGAGUGAGAUCAAAAUGAUUGUGUAUUAUUUUAUUAUUUUUACAGUUAAUGGAAUUGACAGCGACACAUCCACUGCCCGUUUAUCCAGCGUUACUCAAACAAUUACAGAGCUAUUAAAAGGAUAUGACAACAGACUUAGACCUAAUUUUGGAGGUGAUCCAUUGGAUAUUGGAAUGGAUUUAACUAUAGCGAGUUUUGAUGCAAUUUCUGAAGUGAACAUGGAUUAUACUAUAACUCUUUAUUUAAAUCAAUAUUGGAAAGACGAGAGGUUAUCAUUUGGUUUCGAUGACGAAAAUCUAACUUUAUCUGGAGAGUUUUCAGACAGAAUAUGGGUACCAGAUACAUUUUUUGCUAACGACAAACAUAGUUUCCUUCAUGACGUGACCGAGAAAAACAAGUUGGUGAGAUUACGAGGUGAUGGAUUCAUAGAAUACGGGAUGAGAUUUACGACCACCUUAGCUUGCAUGAUGGAUUUGCAUUACUACCCCCUUGACUCUCAAAAUUGUAGUAUUGAGAUUGAAAGCUAUGGCUACACCGUAGUAGACGUAGUGAUGUCCUGGCACUCUACCCCAGUCCGUGGAGUGGAGAAGGCCGAGCUACCUCAAUUUACCAUAAUAGGUUGGGAAACUAACGAUAGGAAAGAAACCUUAGCUACCGGCACAUAUCAAAGACUUUCACUUUUAUUCAAGCUACAAAGAAAUAUAGGAUACUUUAUUUUCCAGACAUAUUUACCCAGUAUUCUUAUUGUUAUGUUAUCAUGGGUAUCGUUUUGGAUAAAUCACGAAGCUACUAGUGCUAGAGUAGCAUUAGGUAUUACCACCGUUCUAACUAUGACCACGAUAAGCACUGGUGUUCGAAAUUCUCUGCCUAGGAUUAGCUACAUUAAAGCAAUAGACAUUUACCUCGUUAUGUGUUUUGUAUUCGUUUUCGCAGCGUUACUGGAAUAUGCAGCUGUGAAUUAUACAUAUUGGGGAGCUAGGGCGAAAAAGAAGAAGCAACAGAACAUAAGGAUUGAUGCAAGAGAAACGUUAACUAGAUCGAGUCCUUCUAAUGAAGAUAUAAUAGAAUUGAGAGACUUGAGAAUGAGUCCUAUUCCCUCGAUAAGAAAUAGAUAUAGUCCAUCAUAUUGGUAUACCGUAGACUUACCCAGUCUACCUCCUAGUUACCGGAUGAGAAGAACACAUUCUCCUUAUAUGUACAGAAACGCUGCAGGGUUUAGAUAUAGAAGAACUCGAGGAAAUGUUGUAAAUCAAAGAAAGGUGAUAAAUGCGCUGAGAAAAGCAGCAUCAAUCCUCAAACCGUCCUUACCAAAAAUUAGAAACGUCAAUGUGAUCGACAAGUAUUCAAGAAUCGUCUUUCCUGUAAUGUUUUUAUUAUUUAACAUCGGAUAUUGGGCGUACUAUUUUGUAGAAUAAACGUUAUACUCUCGUAUUAGUAUGUAGAAAAAAAUU